AAGCAAUGUGGAGGGUUACUUGUUUUAUUACAGUCAAUGAAUGAGUUCCGGCCUCUCCGAGUCAGAAAUAAGAAGAGUUGUUUCCACUUUAGCCAAUACCCAUUUCUCCUAUAUAUAAAACGAACCUCUCUAGUCUUCCUUCUCCCUACAAGUCUUCCUUUUCGGUUUCUUUUGCCUUUUUUUUUUCUCUCUCUUUGCUUUGUGAGUUUCCUUUUCUCUAUCCGUACAUGGGUUUCUUCGCUUGAUUUCAAUCAGCUAAGCUAGCUCGAGUUCGGUUUUCGUUUGGCCUGGCCUGUGGGACUUGUGGGAUUUAGAUAAGUGAAAACAUACAAGCUUAAGCUAGCAUGGAAGGUCAAAACUUCGUUGUAAAUGAAGGGGUGAAGAUGCCCAUUGGCUAUAGGUUUCAUCCCACGGAUGAAGAGCUUGUGGUUCAUUACUUGAAGAGAAAAGCUUUGAAUCUUCCUUUACCAGCUUCUGUCAUUCCCGAGUUCGACGUUCUGCAGACAAAUCCAUGGAGUCUGCCUGGUGAUGUGAAAGAAAACAAGUAUUUCUUUAGCAGGAGGUAUGGAAAUGACAGUAACAAUAAAUGCAAGAGAGUAGCUGAUUGUGGUUACUGGAAGUCCAUAGGCAAAGAGAAACCAAUUUUAGCUUCCGGAACCAAUCAAGUAAUUGGGAUGAGAAAGGCUUUGGUUUUCUGUGAAAAGAAGCGUUCAAAUGAGUCCAAGACUCGGUGGCUCUUGCAUCAAUUUCACCUUGCUGCCUCAGCAGAAACCCUAUUUCCAACACAGAUGUUCGAGGGGGAAUGGCUAGUUUUCAAGGUGAUUCGAAGGAAGAGAAAAGCUAAAAGACUUGGUUGUAGAAAAAGUCAGACAAGUAGUGCAGGCAGCAUGGCUAGUUGUAUUGAUUUCACAGUGGAAGACACCUCUGUCUUUGGUCCUCCUCCUCAACCUACUUCACCAAGUUCAAGUGAAACCACCGAGGUGUUUCCCGGUGGGUUAUUAGAUGAGGACAUUAGUUCUUUUUCACAAUGUUGUACGAGAAAGCAGUGAAAAAA